AGGGGGCAGAGCCUAACGGUAAAUGUGGUGUCCACCUUAUCGCCGGCAAUCACCCUUCGUCUUAGAGCCAAGGCUUUCCUAGCAUUAAAGUUGGACGUGUAUUACCCACAAUCUCGCCACCACGGAACUGAAGCAAGGCUCAAAUCUUACAAUCAACUCCCCUAAUGAAGGGGUCGUCCGAAUUCCAUCACUGAGUGAAAACGCCGUGGUCGCGAUGGCGGCGGACGUCGAGGGGCACGGGUAUGUGCUGGUGGAGCACCCCUUCGAGUACACCGGCAAGGACGGACGCCUCGUAGCCAUCCAGCCCAACGAGCGCUACCGGCUUCUGCGCCGCAGCACCGAGCGCUGGUGGCACGUGCGGCGCGAGCCUGGCGGCCGCCCCUUCCACCUACCAGCACAAUAUGUGCGCGAGCUGCCGGCACUCGGCAGUGCCACCACCGCCCCGCCGCCGCCUGCGCCGCUCCCGGGCCCCGCAGCUCCCGAGCCUCUCGCCUACGACUACCGGUUCGUGAGCGCGUGGGCGUCCGCGGGCCCUGACGGCGCCCCCGCCGAGCCCCAGGGCCGUGCCAGCUCCCUGUGCGGCCCCGAGCGACGCAGUGGCGCGACCCCGCGCAGCAACCUGGCGCCUGGCCUGCCCGCCUGCCUGUAUGUGCGGCCCUCGGCGCCCGUGCGGCCAGCGCAGUCCCUGGACGACCUGGCACGGGCCACCGCCGUGCCUCCUGCCGGCCUCCUCGGGAGCGCCGGCCUCUUCAAGGCCUGCAGCGUGGCGGGCUCCUGGCUGUGCCCGCGGCCCCUGGCGCGCAGCGACUCGGAAAAUGUCUACGAGGCCAUCCUGGACGUGCGCGGCCCGCAGCGGGAGGAGAGCCCCGAGCAGGUGGACGAACCCCCGGAGCCCGUGUACGCGAACGUAGAGAGGCAGCCUCGGGCCACUUCGCCGGGCGCUGCCGCGGUCCCGCACCCCAGCCCGGUGUGGGAGACGCACACGGACGCCAGCACGGGGCGUCCCUACUACUACAACCCGGACACGGGAGUGAUGACCUGGGAGUCACCCUUUGAGACUGCCGAGGGCUCCGCUAGCCCAGCCACCUCCCCGACCUCGGUGGGCAGCCGCGAGAGCCUGGAGACCGAGUGGGGCCAGUACUGGGAUGAGGAGGGCCGCAGGGUGUUCUUCUACAACCCCCUGACCGGCGAGACCGCCUGGGAGGACGAGCCGGAGGACGACGAGCUGGAGAUGCAGCCGAGCCUGAGCCCCGGCAGCCCCAGGGACCCGAGGCCCCCCACCGAGACGGACUACCCCGAGUUGCUGACCAGCUACCCGGAGGAAGACUAUUCCCCCGUGGGCUCCCUCGGUGAGCCCGGCCCCACCUCUCCCUUGACCACACCCCCCGGCUGGUCUUGUCACAUCAGCCAGGACAAGCAGACGCUUUACACCAACCACUUCACCCAAGAGCAGUGGGUGAGGUUGGAGGACCAGCACGGGAAACCGUACUUCUACAACCCAGAUGACUCCUCCGUCCGGUGGGAGCUGCCCCAGGUCCCUGUGCCUGCCCCUCGAAGCAUCUGAAAAUCCAGCCAGGACAGUGACACUCCAGCCCAGACCAGCCCUCCUGAGGAGAAGAUCAAGACCCUGGACAAGGCAGGGGUGCUGCGUCGCACCAGGACGGUGGACGAGGCAAAGCGGCUCCGGAAGAAGCACUGGAGUGCCUCCUGGACGGUGCUGGAGGGUGGUGUCCUGACAUUCUUCAAGGACUCAAAGACCUCAACUGCAGUUGGCCCGAGGCAGCCUUCCAAGUUCUCCACCCCUGAGUACACGGUGGAGCUGAAGGGGGCCUCUCUCUCCUGGGCCCCCAAAGACAAAUCCAGCAAGAAGAAUGUGCUGGAGGGAAGAGGCCUACGGAGCCGAGAUGGCUCGGAGUACCUGAUCCAGCACGACUCAGAGGCCAUCAUCAGCACCUGGCACAAGGCCAUCGCCCAGGGCAUCCAGGAACCGUCCGCAGACUUGCCCCCGGAGGAGGAAAGUGAGAGCGGCAGUGUGGACUUCGGGUCCAGUGAGCGCCUGGGGAGCUGGCAGGAGAAAGAGGAUGACACGCGGCUGAGUACAGGUGCGCGUCCGCCCUGGUCCCCGGAGAGCGACCGGAAGAAGGUCCGGCACAAGCUCCGCAAGUUUCUGCAGAGGCGGCCCACGCUGCAGUCGCUGCGGGAGAAGGGCUACAUCAAAGACCAGGUGUUCGGCUGUGCCCUGGCAGAGCUGUGCGAGCGGAGCCAGGUGCCGCGCUUCGUGCAGCAGUGCAUCCGCGUGCGGCGGGCUGGGCCGGGCCUCCCGCCAGGGCUGGACAUCGAUGGGUUGUACCGCAUCAGUGGAAACCUGGCCACUAUCCAGAAGCUGCGCUAUAAGGUGGACCAGGAUGAGCGCCUCGACCUGGACGACGGACGCUGGGAGGACGUGCACGUUAUCACCGGCGCGCUGAAGCUCUUCUUCCGGGAGCUGCCCGAGCCCCUCUUCCCCUUCUCACACUUCCGCCAGUUCAUCGCGGCCAUCAAGUUGCAGGACCAGGCCCAGCGCAGCCGCUGUGUGGGUGACCUGGUGCGCUCGCUGCCCGCCCCCAACCACGACACGCUGCGGCUGCUCUUCCCGCACCUGUGCCGGGUGAUCGAGCACGGCGAGCAGAACCGCGUGUCGGUGCAGAGCGUGGCCAUCGUGUUCGGGCCCACGCUGCUGCGGCCGGAGACAGAAGAGACCAGCAUGCCCAUGACCAUGGUGUUCCAGAACCAGGUGGUGGAGCUCAGCCUGCAGCAGUGCUCGGAUAUCUUCCCGCCGCACUGACUGCGGACCUGGGACUGGGGCGGCUGGAGGCCACCUGGCUGGACUUCACCAAGACCCUCCGCCUCCCACCCGUCUGCAGGCGGUUGUGACGUCCGCACCCCCCGGUUCCGAGGCUAUGGUGACCCCUGGUGGGCAGUUCGCAAAAUGUGACUUUUCUGGGGCAUGUCCUGUUUGGGGUUAACCGGGUUCUGCUUUCUAGCGCGGCGCCGCCUGCUGUGCGCGUGCGACAGUGUGUGUGUGGGGGGGAGGUGAGUUUGCUGGGAGGGACCGCACUGGGAGGAGGAAUUUGGUGAGGGGCUUCCUGGCUGCUUCAGGCCUUCACUU